AAUCUUAAAUUUAAUCUGUUAUACUAUACUACCAUGGCAGAGCAAAAGAUUAUAGCAGAAUCCACCAUGGAAGAUGCCUACAAGUUCCUCAAAAUUACCCCAAAUCCAGAUGGAUCUCUCACCAGAAACACCCCAGUUCCUAAUGUCCCUUCAACCCCAGAAAUUGACCCCAAUUCGUCAAAUCAGUUAAUUUCACUUUCAAAAGACAUACCUCUUAAUCCGGCCUCCAAUACCUUCAUACGCCUUUAUCGGCCUGUUUCUCCGCCGAUUAACACUAAAUUGCCGCUCAUAAUAUACUUCCAUGGUGGUGGAUUUGUGCUAUUGAGUGUGAGUUCUGUUAUUUUUCAUGAAUCGUGUAAUGCCAUGUCAGCUCAGAUCCCAGCGUUGAUUGCUUCCGUUGAGUAUCGCCUCGCCCCGGAGCACCGUCUUCCUGCCGCCUAUGAGGACGCCGUGGAUGCUAUCAAAUGGGCGAAAGAUCAAGCUAUUAACGGGGGAGAUCCAUGGUUGAAACAGUUGGCUGAUUUCUCUAAAGUUUUCUUAAUGGGUAGUAGUUCCGGAGGAAAUAUCGUGUACAAUGCAGGUCUACGUGCAUUCAAUAUCAAUCUCGACCCGAUCAAGAUUGUAGGACUGAUAAUGAAUCAGCCCUACUUCGGUGGGGUCGAGAGAACGAAGUCGGAGCUCAAAUUUGUCAACGACAAGAUUUUGCCUUUGCAUGCGAAUGAUCUAAUGUGGUCGCUUGCAUUGCCUGAAGGCGUGGAUCGCGAUCACGAGUAUUCUAAUCCAUUGAUUAAUGAGGUAGAAGUGAAAAAGAAGAUCGAACGGUUGCCAAGGUGUUUGAUCAGGGGGUAUGGAGGGGAUCCACUUAUUGAUAAGCAAAAGAAAUUUGCUAAAAUGAUUGAGUCACGUGGGGUGCACGUGACUCCUCAAUUUCUGGAAACAGGAUAUCAUGCUGUGGAGAUAUUUGAUAAAAAACGUGCACAAGAUUUGUAUGAUUCUAUAAAGGAUUUUGUCAAAUCUAUUUGUGAUGAAAAUGUGGGCAAAUCAGCCAUGUGAUAAUCAGUUAAAAUUUGAGUAUAUGUGUUUUUUCUCCUUUUUUCCGUAA